CGGCGGCAGCAGCAGCACGUCCUCGACGUCUUCCGGUCCGCCUUUGGCGACGUGCUGUCGUCGCCCGCCUUCGCGGCCAGCGUGCAGACCGUGAAGCAGGCCCUGUUCGCCCGCGACUUUGCCGCCGCCUUUGGCAUCGGCAGCCACGACAGGCAGGCCGGUAACCGCCUGCUUGCCGUCUACGCCGCGCGCUGGAGCCCUACCCGCGCCCUGUGCUAUGCCGCCGUGCUGCGCGGUAUCUACGACCAGGGCCACCUCGACCCGCUGCUGCACACCCCGUUGUCUUCCUCUGCUGCUGCAAGGAGGAAGCAGCAGCAGCAGGAUGUGAAGACUGACGAGUUGCCCGACGGCGAGCAGCAGCAACCAGACUCCGCCUCGGCCGUCCCCAUCAGACAGCCCGUAGGAAAGCGGCAGCUGAGGGUUCUCGGCAUCGGCGGCGGCGCGGCCGAGAUGGUAGCGUUUGGAUCUUUUCUCAACCAGGACUACAGCGCCGGGCUCGCGGGGGAAAUCACGCUAGUUGACGCCGCGGCAUGGGGGGACGUAGUGUCGACGCUGCAGACGGGCAUCACCACACCAGAGCCCUCCACUCCCAAAGAACCGCCGAUGGUCCCGCCGGCGUACCUCUCGUCGCGCUUCUCCCAGAACGACGUGCUCGCGCUCGGCCACGACGGCCUCGCGGCGCUGAUGCCGCUACCGCCCUCUUCCUCCUCCUCCUCCCCCCCUCCUGUGCUCGUAACCCUCCUCUUCACGCUCAACGAGCUCUUCACGUCUAGCGGCGUCGGCAAGACGACGGCGUUCCUGCUGGAUCUGACGAGCACUGUACCCGUGGGCUCGCUGCUGCUGGUGGUGGACAGCUCGGGGAGCUAUUCCGAGACGGCGAUUGGGGCCCCUCCCGCGAAACGCCAGUAUCCGAUGCAGUGGCUCCUGGAUCGAAUCCUGCUGGGGACGCAGAAGGAGCCCGUGGGUGGGCGGGCGUGGCGCAAGCUCGAGGCGCACGACUCGGUGUGGUUCCGCCUCGGCACGUCGUCAUCUUCAUCGGGUGGCGGCGGCGGCGGCGGAGGAGGUGGUCUGGACUACCCGAUCCCGCUCGAGAACAUGCGGUACCAGAUGCAUCUGUACCGGGCCGAGGAUGCCAGC